UAUAAAACCACGACUCUUGCAGAACUAAUAAUUCACAGACAACACGGACAGAGAUAGGUGGAAGAUAAAACAGAAGGCUCUCUUUCACAUCAAUGGCGACCGUGAACCGUACGGACGCAGAGAAGUCGACGGAGGAUCGCGAGGGGUGCACCGUUGAAGAAGUAGCUCUGGUUGUGCCGGAGACGGAUGAUCCCGCCCUGCCUGUCAUGACUUUUCGAGCAUGGUUUCUGGGUUUAACCUCGUGCGUCCUAUUGAUCUUUCUCAACACUUUCUUCACGUACCGCACGCAGCCGCUCACCAUCUCCGCUAUUCUCAUGCAAAUCGCCGUCUUGCCCAUUGGUAGGUUCAUGGCCAGGACCCUGCCCAGGAGAGAGUACAGUGUUCUUGGCAGGAGGUUUAGCUUGAACCCAGGGCCGUUCAACAUGAAGGAGCAUGUUAUCAUUACUAUAUUCGCUAACUGUGGAGUGUCUUUUGGUGGGGGUGAUGCGUACUCGAUUGGUGCCAUUACAGUAAUGAAGGCUUAUUAUAAGCAAAGCUUGAAUUUUCUAUGUGCGCUACUCAUCGUCCUCACAACACAGAUAUUGGGAUAUGGAUGGGCUGGGAUGCUGAGGAGGUACUUGGUUGAUCCUAUCGAGAUGUGGUGGCCUGCAAACCUUGCUCAGGUUUCUUUGUUCAGGGCACUUCAUGAGAAGGAUGACAAAUCAAAAGGCUUGACAAGGAUGCAAUUUUUCCUGAUUGUUCUCACAGCAAGCUUCUUGUACUAUGCACUCCCUGGCUAUCUGCUCCCAAUCUUGACAUUCUUCUCAUGGGUCUGCUGGGUAUGGCCUCAUAGCAUUACAGCUCAGCAGAUUGGUUCAGGUUACCAUGGACUAGGGAUUGGUGCUCUUACCCUUGACUGGGCUGGGAUUUCAGCUUACCAUGGCAGUCCACUGGUUUCCCCUUGGUCUUCAAUCCUCAAUGUUGGGGUUGGCUUUAUCAUGUUUAUAUACAUUAUUGUACCAUUAUGUUACUGGAAAUUCAACACCUUUGAUGCCAGAAAAUUCCCCAUAUUCUCUAAUCAGCUCUUCACCACAACUGGGCAUAAAUAUGACACAACCAGGAUCUUAACCCCACAGUAUGAGCUUGAUGUUAGUGCUUAUAAUAGUUAUGGGAAACUCUAUCUAAGCCCUUUGUUUGCCCUGUCAAUCGGGUCGGGAUUUGCAAGAUUUACAGCAACCCUUACUCAUGUUGCUCUUUUUAAUGGCAGAGAUAUUUGGAGGCAGAGCAAAUCAGCAAUGAAGAAUGUGAAAUUGGACAUCCAUUCAAGACUGAUGCAAAGUUAUAAAAAAGUGCCUGAAUGGUGGUUUUUUAUUCUGUUAAUUGGAAGCAUAGUGUUAUCCCUGAUCAUGUCUUUUGUGUGGAAAGAAGAUGUGCAGCUGCCAUGGUGGGGGAUGCUCUUCGCUUUCUUCCUAGCUUGGCUUGUUACACUUCCCAUUGGAGUCAUCCAAGCAACCACUAACCAGCAACCUGGAUAUGACAUAAUAGCACAGUUCAUAAUUGGGUAUAUUCUACCAGGAAAACCCAUUGCAAACCUGCUUUUCAAGAUCUAUGGCAGAAUCAGCACAAUCCAUGCUCUCUCUUUCUUAUCAGACCUUAAACUAGGGCAUUACAUGAAAAUUCCACCGAGGUGCAUGUAUGUAGCCCAGCUUGUGGGGACUUUAGUUGCAGGUACUGUUAACUUGGCAGUGGCAUGGUGGAUGCUUGAAAGCAUUGAGAACAUCUGUGAUGUUGAAGCACUGCAUCCUGAAAGCCCAUGGACAUGCCCUAAAUACAGAGUCACCUUUGAUGCAUCAGUAAUUUGGGGCUUGAUUGGACCACAACGGCUAUUUGGACCAAAAGGGUUGUACAGAAACCUGGUUUGGUUGUUUCUCGUUGGAGCUUUCUUGCCUGUUCCUGUUUGGAUAUUAAGCAAAAUAUUUCCUGAUAAGAAAUGGAUUCCCUUAAUAAAUAUUCCUGUUAUAUCAUAUGGGUUUGCCGGUAUGCCACCAGCUACUCCAACAAACAUUGCAAGCUGGCUUAUUACCGGCACCAUCUUCAACUUCUUUGUGUUCCGAUACCACAAGAGGUGGUGGCAGAAGUAUAACUAUGUUCUAUCUGCAGCACUUGAUGCUGGGACAGCUUUCAUGGGAGUGCUGUUGUUCUUUGCUUUGCAGAAUGCAGGACAUAACCUGAAAUGGUGGGGAACAGAUAUUGAUCACUGCCCCCUGGCAACAUGUCCUACCGCACCUGGCAUUGUAGUUGACAAAUGUCCUGUUCAUUGAAGAUGUGAUGCCAGCCAAGGUAGAGAUUGUUUUGGUCUUAGGAGUAUAAGGAGAAAUAUCCUGAAGAUGGGUAUAGAGAAAAUUCUAUGACUCAGCUUGUUUUGUUCUUUUUCGCAAAAUUUUGUACAUUUUUGGUUAAUCAAAAUGAAGAUGUUCUUCUUCUGGGUCUAACAGCAGAAAUUUACUUCUGCCAAAACAAUUUGGCUGUUUGUUGUACUUGUCAAUCCUUGACCAUUGAAUAAGAUACUAUACCUACUUCACCUCAA